AUGAUCCAGGCGGUCACGCAAAAUGACCUCCCUGUAGCUAAAGCUGUUGAGGAGAUCGCGAGAUUGACCACCGUAGCCGCAGUUUCUUCUUCAGCCAAAAAUGUCCUAUGUAUGCAUGCCAUGCAUGUCUCGUUUACAAUCCACAACCUCGCAAUGCGUAUCCCGCACAAUCAACAAUCCAAGCUUAUUGAUUUUGUUGUCCGCCUUCAGCAGGUAGCUGUCCCUGAUCCAUCAACUGGCGGGAUUUUACAGCUCGAGAACGAAGACUUCUGGUCGGAUAUGCCUUAG